CUUUGUUGUGAUUCCAUGCCCCGUCGUUGUGCUUGAUUUUGCUGCCUCGCCGCGGCUGCCUCUUCCAUAGAAGGUUUGUGGCCUGACCAUGACUUGAGCCCUCUCGGGAGGCGUGGUACCGUGUGCAUCAUCGCUCAAAGUGUCUCGCGCUUGAGGGGGGGCCUGAGGUCAAUAUCAGCCAUCAGCUCCCGCCCGCACCGCGGCUUAUCCCUCGUUCUCAGGGCAUUUCCGGCGUCGCCGGUUGUCUUCAUUUACCCAUUUGCUUCUGUUUGAAAGCGCUGUUCGUCUAAAAUCAUAUUCUAGCAUGGCCAGCCAGCAGGGUGGACCGAGCGCCCGAGCGCCCCAUGAUCAUGAUGCAAGGGAGGCGAGUGCCAGUGCGGAUGCGAUACUCGACGCACCAUAUUCGAGCGACGAAGAACCAGAUACCCAUGGCUUCUCCUGUCGCUGGAGAACACCCGAAUUUUACGACCAAGAAUGUUGCCGAUACUUUGACUGUCCCUCCCAUCUCGUUGAGAGGCGGCUUUCUGUCGAUGACACCGGCGAACCCAGCCUUCCGAGAGAGAGCGCCGCUGAAGCGACAGAAGCUCGCCAAGAUAGCGUCUCCCCGAGGACUUCGAUAGACGACCAUCCAGUAUCUGACCAGGAGGGCACGACGGUCCAGCCACAGCAGAGAGACGAAACUCUGAUCUCUGAUACUUCAGCACCACUAUCGGGCCUAUCGUCUGGGCUAGCCGCUGAGAGAGAGCAGGAGAGCGCGACAAGGACUCCAUCAGCAGCGAAUACCGCUGCUCUCCCUGCUAGGACAUCAUCCUUACCGAUUCGCACCCGCGUUCCUUCUAGAAGCAUCGACUUGCGAUCUGGCGAUCCUUUGGGUAGCGAUAUCUGGGGCGAAUCUUCCGAUCAGGGCAGUCGAGCAUAUACCGCCAGCGCAUCGGCAACGGAUUUGUCAGGCAGCAGCUCGCCCAGAAUGUCUGCACGGGAUCAGCUGUCUGCUGUGUAUGGCGCUGAUUCGAAUGAGGGCAGCAGCCUACUCCAAACACUAUUCGGUCCGCCUCCGCCUGAGCGCGAACGAGAGCGCGAGCGCACAGGGUCGGUUGUUCUCCCCAGAUGGCAACCAGAUGCCGAGGUGACCUACUGCCCUAUUUGCCGCACUCAGUUUAGUAUCUUUGUGCGCAAGCAUCAUUGCAGAAAAUGUGGGAGAGUCGUUUGCAACUCUUGCUCCCCUCAUCGAAUCAUCAUUCCGCACCAAUUCAUAGUCCGAGCGCCUGGCUCUGAGGUACCACUACCUCCAGCACUGCUUUACGGCUCAGGCGCAGGCUAUGUUGAUCUGAAUGGACUCUCCGGGGGCGAGCGAGUGCGUCUCUGCAACCCUUGCGUCCCUGACCCCAAUACCGCGCCUCCGCAAAGUCCGACUUCUCCGGCGUUGUCACCGCGCGAGGCACGGCGCAGGUCCCGGACCAGCCUGGGCAGCGGGUAUCCCGCUCCGCCUCCUGUGAAUCGAUACGGAGGAGUUUUUUCGACUGGGCAGAGCAAUGACCCUUACCAGUUCUACACCUCUAGGACAAGGAGCAUCACCAUGUCUGGGUCAUCAUCCCGCCAGCGUGCUUUACCCCCACCUCCACAGAUUGCAGAAGAAGACGAGUGCCCCAUCUGUCACUUGGAGCUGCCAUCUCGGGAACUGCCCAACUUUGAGGCCCUUCGAGAGUCGCAUAUUACUAGCUGUAUCCAAUCGCACAGCACCUAUGGUAGUCCUCGUGGGGCACCGGAUGGCACUGCACCACUCCCCCCUCCCAGGCGCACUGGCAUGUAUACAUAUGCCGCCACUGAAAAGGAUUGUAUUGAUGACGCAGAAUGCACUAUUUGCUUAGAGGAGUUUACCGUGGGUAUUCCCAUGGCGCGGCUUGAGUGCCUUUGUCGGUUCCACCGAUCUUGUAUUUCUGCCUGGUUUGUCAAUCACCCAGGAAGAUGUCCCGUGCAUCAACACGACGGAUUCGGGUAUUAGAUGGAAGAUUGGCGGCGGACGGCCGAUUGUUUUGUUGUUUUACGGAUCCGUUCCUUUGCAUAUUGGAGUAUUUGGCACACUUGGGAUCAGAUUUGAAAGAUUUUGUAGCUUGUUUGCCCAGGCAUAUAUCGGAAUCCCCUCCUUUUGAUGAUAUCACUUAUUUCGUACAGCGUAACCGACUCCAGGCCCAACAGCGCCGCUGGCAAUUGACAGUCCCGGACUAGCUGGAACGAAUCUAACGAGUUUAAGAAAUGUAUGGUAGCGUUUGAAAUUAAUAUACAGAACUCUCUUCUUUCCUUUU